AUGAACGCCACCGCCGUGCCUAAAAGAAGACGAAAGCGAGGAAGACGAAAACGGAAAGUGCUCGACAAUUCGGAUGAUAAAGAACCACCACCACCACUUAAGGUUCCCCUUCCAAUCUUUGUCCCAAGUCUUCCUAAAAGUGGUACAACGUCUGUGCACAAUUACUUUCUUUGCGGAGGACAAAAAUCGGCCCACCACGUCUAUCGAAUCGACGGACAGGUCAAAAAUAAGAUUGGACGCUGUGUCAAGAGGAAUGUGGCGAGAAAUAUGCCUCCGUUUCAGGGUUGUGGUGACACAGAUAUAUGGACUGAUACAGGUUUCGUGGCGGCCUCUUACCAGAAAGGAGUGACAGUCACCAGAUCAACAAACGAAGAGGAAAAAGUCGGUUGUUACUACCCACUGAUAGAAGCAUUGGAUGAAAUUUAUGAGCAUAUCCGAACGCAACAAUUCUUUUUGUGA